AUUAUUAUUAUUAGCUGCAGGGUGUAUGUUUUCCCUAGUCUCCGAUUGGCUUCCAAACAGCUGGAGCCUUUUGAUAAUAUUUAUUGGCAGCCACCUGCUAACAGCUGCCUCACAACACCUGGCUGUGUUCUAACUGAAAGGGAGGAACAGCUGCUGAAGAAUCUAGCAGGUGAAGAGGCUGGCCUGUCUUUCUCUUUCCUCCUGACGUCAAAGGACACCCAGUGGAUGGGAAUAUCGACCGCUGCCCAUCUGAAGGUCCGCAGCUUAAUCUUUGCCCUGUUCUUCUUGAGGAGCUUUUGCCAAGGCCUAAAUCCAGGAGUCUGUCUCUAUAGAAACUACCAUUGUGCUUGUGUGCUGGAGGAUGGCUGGACCCCUCCUUUCCAGAUGUCCACUUCGAUUAUUAGCCAUGGGGCUGCUAGCAAUGACUUUUUGUGCCAGCUCUAUGGAAACCGAAAAACAUGGAAACAGAAGGAGCCAGGAGAAGAAAUCCCGAUGGAAUGACUCUCUCACGGGACAAAGAACAAGCAGCCCUCCCUUGUCAUCAUCCAAUGACCCGGAAACUGCUGCAGGAAAGAUUCGCAGGGAUGAAUCCCGGGCUGCUUGGAUGCUUCUUAUGAACAACGGGGUGAACAAUAAAAAAAGAAGCCAAAAUAAAGCCAAAAAGUUCAAGUUUGGCAUUCCAGGACCCCCUGGUCCACCAGGACCCCCUGGAGCCUUAAUCACCCAGGAGGAGCUGCUGAGAGAAUUCAGAUUGCUGCUUAAAGGUGUAAUCAGGGAACGGGAAAGGAUCAGUCAGAAAUCCUGUGACAACUGCCAAGAAGAAGAUAACAGGUCCAGAGGAGAAGACAACUUUCUGGCCCAGAUUAGUGGACCACUUCUAGAAAGCAGGGAGCAUGGGCGAGUGCAGGCAGCUUUCCAUUGUCGGACCCGGAGAAACAUUUCAAUUGAACGGCGGUCAUUGCAAGAGCUUCAGUUCUAUUACAUACCUAAAAAAGAAGAGAUGUUCCACCGUGGCCUAGGGCUAAACCUUAACAAUGGACAAUACAUAGCACCUUUCAGUGGAUACUACAUCUUCACUGCCACAUUGCAUAUUGUUCCAGAGGUUCAGCAAAAGAAGAACCAGCCCCGCACCCGCGAACGCCUGCGCUUGCUGAUCUGCGUUGAGUCCCUCUGCCGACAGAACAUUUCUCUGGAAACAGUGAGCAGGUUGGACAGAAACAACGAACAUUUCACAAUUUCAAUCCAUGGAAUUCUAUUCCUGCAGGCUGGCCAGUAUGCUUCAGUUUUUGUAGACAAUGCAACAGGAUCCACCCUCACUGUUCGAAGUGGGUCUGACUUUGGUGCUGUCCUCUUGGGCAUCUGAUUGG